AGUCUUUGCAUCACUAUGCGUUUCUUCGUUUGUUAUUCAAUGACUCUGAGACACUCAGAAACUUUCCACUGAGAUUUUCCACCCGCCGCAUACACAAAAACACACAAAGAUUCAAUCUCUCUGGUUUUGAAGAAAUGGGUUGCGGUGAAAAGAGUCCCAAGAGCUUUCAUUCGCACGGCGGCGAUGGGAAGAAGCAGCAAGAAUUCCGAGGCGUUCCGAAAGGGUGUAUGGCGAUCAAGGUGGGACAGGGCGAAGAGAAACAGAGGUUUGUGGUUCCUGUGAUGUACUUGAACCAUCCUCUGUUCAUGCAGCUUCUGAAGGAGGCAGAGGAAGAGUAUGGAUUCGAUCAGAAAGGAACCAUCACCAUCCCUUGCCAUGUUGAGGAAUUCAGAAACGUUCAGGGCUUGAUUGAUAGGCACAAGAGCCUUCAUCAUCAUCAUGGAUGCUUUGGCUUCUGAAUUUCUGAUGAUCUUGUUUGUGAUAACCCAGACCCAGAAAUCAUGGCCUCAAUUUUAUUAUCUUCUGGUCAUGUAAAUUUGUGGUUUUUUACUUUUUAGGAUCUUUUUUUCUCUUUUUUUCUUGAUAUGUAUAAAAGGAAAAUCAACAGAAUGUUGCUCCUUUCAAUUGUGGUUACUUUAAUGAGAUGAUCUUCUUUUCUUGAAGAAA